UGACACGCACAGUAAAAUUGUAAUACAAGUUUACAUGGAUUCGUCGAUAACAACUAUCAACAAUGUAAAAGUUCGUUCAAGCCGUCACAUGAUAGACUAGGAACAUCCAACGUGUAAUAAUAAACAGAGAUGGAGUAGAGGAGGGGAUGAAGCUUUCUCUAUGGUGAGCCGCAGCUAGGGAGCUCAAGAUGAGCACAAACAGCACAACUCCAGCACCUGAAUCUGAUGGUGUGGUGCUGAGUGGAGGUGUGAUAUUUAUCAUAAUAUUUGGUGCAACUUGUGUGUUCUUCUUCUCGAUCAUGACUGUAGUUUGUGUUGGAGAAUUCAAGGAAUAUAGAUCAAGACGAAAAAGACCUUCCAGGCCUGUUGAGAAUGGUAACUAUCCUAGACAACCACCUCCCCUUACAGUGCCUCCUGUGACUAAUCCAACGAUUCCUGGUGCCAAAUAUCCAAGGCAACCAGAUUCAGGGAUAGAUAACCAAGGGCACAAUAAUUCUGCCGUAAAACCUGAAGAAGAAAUCAUAGCAUCUGAUCAAUCAAAUGCUGUGAACAAGUCUGUGAUAGUUAGUGAGGAGGGAGUGGAGGGAUCCAGCCCCAAUGGAGACAUUGUUGUGCUUCACCAAACACCAAGGAAAAAGAACACCCAACUGAAGCCACUAGAGCUGGCUAAACCAGGGACAGACAACUCUAACCCAGAGACAAUAUUUUCUCCAAGAACAACAACAAUGGACGGUGUGACCGCAGUUGCCUUUAUUCAACCUACCCCCCCCCUACCAUCCAUAUCUUCAAACAUCAGCCAAUCAGAUGUCACCCCUGUUGUCAGUUCCUAGAAAUGUUUGUAAGAGUAUGAUAUGGGGACCAAGGUUGUUUGGGUGUUUGUUUUAUUUAAACAAUGCAGUGUUUGUCUUUCUGUAAUGUGAUAUCUUAUAUUAACCAGUAGAUCAAGUUUUUGAUCUUAUGUUUGCAUAAGGUCCUAUUUUUUUCAUUUAAUCAGUUUUGAAUUAAAAAUAAUAGAUUUAUUUGUAAUUUUCAGAAUGUUUGCUACACAAAAUUAAUUUUGAUAUGAGAAAGAGUUUUAAAUUAGUUUAAAUAACUUUAUAAGUUGUGUUGAUUACUUAGUUUGUUAUCCUCUUCAGGUAACCGUUGGGACAUUAGUGUCGGUGUACUUUUGUUAGUGUUGAGGUCAUCGGAGGGACACUGGUGUCCUUGUACCAUUGUAAUGCAAUUAGGGGACAAUGCUGUUCCUUGACCGUUAUAGACAUUGAGGUCAUGAGAGGGACACAUGUAUCCGUUUACUUCUGUAGAUGUUAGUGCCAUACUGUGUCUUGUAUUAAUUGUAUUAUAAUGACUCCUUGAUGCAUUUAGAACAUUCCAGGUGUGACCAUUUGUUGUGAACAAGAUGUGUAAUUGACAGUAACUGUUGUGAAUCACCCAUAUUUCUUUAGGAAUUUAUCUUUGACAUUGUAAACAAUGUUUACAUAUAUGUAGAUGUAUAUCAAUAACUUCAUUCAAUUUUCGACCAAGAUCACUCUGAAAUAAAUCAUCGAAAACAUA